AUGUGUCGAGUUCGCGAUGCAAGAGCCGACAAGAAGAGCGUGGGAACUCCUGAUUGCAUCCGCGAAUUAAUUGUGAAUAAUGACCAGAGUAACACAGCCUUCGAGGAAGUCAUCAGGGAGACUCAGAGUCGCCGCUACACUGAACGAUCACCUCCACAUGAAGCCACUCGCCCCAUCACAGACUGGCCAGUCAUCAGCGCCCCAUCAGUGACUAGUCAUUUACCAGCGUCGCAUCACUACCAACAGCCAGUUACAGACACCUCCAACACCCACAGCCAGUUACAGGCAUCUCCAACACCCACAGCCAGUUACAGACACCUUCAACACCCACAACCAGUUACAGACACCUCCAACACCCACAACCAGUUACAGACACCUCCAACACCCACAACCAGUUACAGACACCUCCAACACCAACAGCCAGUUACAGACACCUCCAACACCCACAACCAGUUACAGACACCUCCAACACCCACAACCAGUUACAGACACCUCCAACACCAACAGCCAGUUACAGACACCUCCAACACCAACAGCCAGUUACAGACAUCUCCAACACCAACAGCCAGUUACAGACACCUCCAACACCCACAACCAGUUACAGACACCUCCAACACCCACAACCAGUUACAGACACCUCCAACACCAACAGCCAGUUACAGACACCUCCAACACCCACAACCAGUUACAGACACCUCCAACACCCACAGCCAGUUACAGACACCUCCAACACCCACAACCAGUUACAGGCACCUCCAACUCCCACAACCAGUUACAGACACCUCCAACACCAACAGCCAGUUACAGACACCUCCAACACCCACAACCAGUUACAGACACCUCCAACACCCACAACCAGUUACAGGCACCUCCAACACCCACAGCCAGUUACAGGCACCUCCAACAGCCAGUUACAGGCACCUCCAACAGCCAGUUACAGGCACCUCCAACAGUCAGUUACAGGCACCUCCAACAGCCAGUUACAGGCACCUCCAACAGUCAGUUACAGGCACCUCCAACAGCCAGUUACAGGCACCUCCAACAACCAGUUACAGGCACCUCCUACAGUCAGUUACAGGCACCUCCAACAGCCAGUUACAGGCACCUCCAACAGCCAGUUACAGGCACCUCCAACAGCCAGUUACAGGCACCUCCUACAGUCAGUUACAGGCACCUCCAACAGCCAGUUACAGGCACCUCCAACAGCCAGUUACAGGCACCUCCAACAGCCAGUUACAGGCACCUCCAACAGCCAGUUACAGGCACCUCCUACAGCCAGUUACAGGCACCUCCAACAGCCAGUUACAGGCACCUCCAACAGCCAGUUACAGGCACCUCCAACAGCCAGUUACAGGCACCUCCAACAGCCAGUUACAGGCACCUCCAACAGCCAGUUACAGGCACCUCCUACAGCCAGUUACAGGCACCUCCAACAGCCAGUUACAGGCACCUCCAACAGCCAGUUACAGGCACCUCCAACAGUCAGUUACAGGCACCUCCAACAGCCAGUUACAGGCACCUCCAACAGCCAGUUACAGGCACCUCCAACAGUCAGUUACAGGUACCUCCAACAGCCAGUUACAGGCACCUCCAACAGCCAGUUACAGGCACCUCCUACAGCCAGUUACAGGCACCUCCAACAGCCAGUUACAGGCACCUCCAACAGCCAGUUACAGGCACCUCCAACAGUCAGUUACAGGCACCUCCAACAGCCAGUUACAGGCAUCUCCAACACCAACAGCCAGUUACAGGCACCUCCAACAGCCAGUUACAGGCACCUCCAACAGCCAGUUACAGGCACCUCCAACACCAACCAAGAAUCAACAAACCAACUUUCACAACCAAACCAGUUCAAAUCGAAUCAGCACAGAUAACCCAAUCACCGACACCUUCCCAGACCAACGCAGCAGCUUUCCCCUCUACUCCGGCUGUCAGCCAGCGACGCCGUCAGCCGACUGA